AUGGCGAACUGGCUUACAAAAUGGCUAAAGACAGAUCAAUGGGUCACCAACCUUGAUCUUCUUAGAGGCCUACGCCAAUUUUCAGAUAACAGUGAGCUGCAAAGUGAGUGGGCCUCGGCUAAGAUGGCCAACAAAAUUCGCUUGGCCCAGUACAUUUUUCAAGUAACAGGAGUGAAAGUUAAUCCAAACAGUCUCUUUGAUAUUCAAAUCAAACGCAUCCAUGAGUACAAAUGUCAGUUGUUAAAUAUCUUGGGUGCCAUAUAUCGGUACAAGAGAUUGAAGGAGAUGAGUGCAGAGGAACGAAAGAAAGUAGUGCCCCGGACUAUUAUGAUUGGUGGGAAAGCAUUUGCAACAUAUACCCAGGCUAAAAGGAUUGUGAAGCUUGUGAAUGAUGUAGGAGCUGUUGUGAACAAUGACCCAGAUAUUGGGGAUCUUUUAAAGGUGGUCUUUAUCCUAAACUACAACGUGUCAGUUGCAGAAAUUCUAAUUCCAGGAAGUGAGCUAUCUCAGCAUAUCAGUACAGCUGGAAUGGAGGCAAGUGGCACUAGCAACAUGAAAUUUGCAUUGAAUGGGUGUCUGAUAAUUGGUACACUUGAUGGUGCAAACGUAGAAAUCAGAGAAGAGAUAGGCAAAGAUAAUUUUUUCUUGUUUGGUGCUGAAGCCCAUGAUGUACCAAAGCUACGAAAAGAGAGAGAACAAGGCCUGUUUGUUCCUGACCCUCGUUUUGAGGAGGCAAAGAAUUUUGUAAAAAGCCGUGCUUUUGGGGUUGUUAUCUAUACCACAAGUUUUGUAAAGUGCACAAGAGACCAGCAUUGAAUGUUGAUGAAGGCACAUCUGUGGUCAUGUUCCAUGGAGAUUUGCCUUACUCCUCAAAAGACAUUCUUAGAAAAAUAGAAACUUUAGAUGAUGAGAAUAUCAUAGGUUCUGGAGGAUUUGGAACUGUUUACAAACUAGUCAUGGAUGAUGGCAAUGCCUUUGCCUUGAAGAGAAUUGAAAAAACCACAUUAGGCUCUGAUCGGGUUUUUGAGAGGGAACUUGAAAUCCUAGGGAGUGUCAAGCAUCGACAUUUGGUGAAUCUGCGGGGAUAUUGCAAUGCUCCUUCAGCAAAGCUACUAAUAUAUGACUUUCUACCAGGUGGAAAUUUGGACGAAGUUCU